GGUAACAAUUUAAACACAAUCAGCAUCCCACUUAAAAUUAGGACAUUUUUAUCAAACAAGAUCAGGUCUAAAUUUCAAGUUAAAAUAUCUGAACAAGUAGAAGAACUUGCACAAUGUCAAUUACUGAUGAGAGAGUGACAAUAAAGAGUGUGGAUAUGACAGACGAUAUGCAGCGUGACGCUGUAGACUUGGCCAGUCAGGCUAUACAGAAAUAUACAGUGGAAAAAGACAUAGCGUCCUAUAUAAAGAAGGAGUUUGACAGAAAGUACAGCCCGACUUGGCACUGUGUUGUGGGUAGAAGCUUCGGCAGUUACGUCACUCAUGAGGUUCGGAACUUCAUAUACUUCUACUUCGGUCAGGUGGCUGUUUUGCUUUUCAAGAGUGGUUGAGCAAAGUUAGCCACAGCUCUACACUAGUAUUUGAGAAUACAUUUUUACAAACUAAAGAAGGCUAAUAAUUGUGUUUUAAUGUUUGGUUACACCAUCCAAGUAGAAGAAGACUAUGGGUGUUUAUGUCAUACAUACAAUAGGCAACAGAAUAAGUUUUCCCAUUGUAAGAUUAGUAAAAUGUAACUGAAAGUGAGAACUAAAGAAAAAGAAAAACCAAACAACAGGACACAACAAUAAAAUGUUCAUGGUAAU